CAGAGCGGCAAUUAACAUAUUUCAAUUUACGUGAAACCUACACAAGACGAUCAUUCUUCAUUCAGUCAAUUCCGCAGUUAAUGUAAACUGAGCAAUUAUGGAGAAUGCGACUUAAGCAGAUUGAAGUGAGUUCGUUGAAGGUGGACAUUAUAGUGUGAACACUAUAAGAUUAUCAUAUAGGCCUACUUUAGCGUAUUGUAACUGGGAUCGAAUCACAUGUCUUUAGAGUAUUCUUGCUGGUACGUAUCAUCUAUAUUACAAUAAUAAAGCCAUUAUUGUGAAGUUGUAACCGUGGACUACACGUAGGCCUACCGGUGCAUCCAACUUCCUCGCGUAUUUAUUAAAUCGAGGUUUUAAGUAUUAUCAUCAACCAAUAGAAUCUCGUUUAUUCAAUCAGUCUCAAGUAAGUCGACGGAGCAUUCUAAUGCCUCUCGUUUUUGGCUGAGUGAUUCUGUGUUCUAUCGCAUAUGAUGUACCAGCGGAACUGUCAUAAAUGUGAAUAUUUAUAGAUUGUAGCGAGUAUUGUAGAGUAUAUGCUAUUCGACUACAAAUUUUGCAACAAGGUGAAUGCUGCGUUAAGAGGUCAAUGAAUUAAUGUGUUUUCAUAAACCAUGAACUGCUGUGUGUUAUCGAUAAUAAUUGAUAAGACUCUGUAAAACCAGUUCGUAAAUUCAAUCGAUCAAAAACACCAGAAGAAAUAUUAAUACUAAUAUUAACAAAGUCUUUUUUGAGUAAGCAUUAGAGGCUUGCAACUGAAUGUUCGCCUAGUAUGGAUAGAUUUCAGGAGUUUGCUCAGGACUUCAAAGAUGUACUCAACAGCGUGCAGAAAAAAUUCAGUAAUUCAGCGUCUGAUGAAGAGGACGGCAAUACAAGUGAGGCGUCUACAUCGGCUUCCACAACGCCGGUGGCACCAAAGAAACCGUUUGUACCGAAGCCACCCCCUCCACCACCAGUUGCACCGCCUGGGGCCCCAGAGAAAGUCGAUGUGUUGGUCGUAGGAGGCGGACUCUCUGGCUUAACAGCAGCUUAUCAUCUCACCAAGCACAACAGUAAUUUGUCAGUCGUUGUACUAGAAGCAAAAGAACGUCUGGGCGGUCGUGUGUGGACCCAACAGAUGAAGGCAGCGACCGGAAAAGAUUUCUUUGAUCUUGGUAGAACAUGGAUAAACAGCAAACAAGCUCGAAUCAACUCUCUUAUUAAAGAGCUAGAGAUUGAAGUAUACCAGCCACCAGAUGCAGGCCAAAAUAUCAUGGAAAUAGACGGAAGAAUCCAACGAUAUGAAAACUCGUGCUGGCCUUUACCUUUCUUUUCAAACGACAACAAGAUAAUGAUCAAACAAGCUCGAAUCAACUCUCUUAUUAAAGAGCUAGAGAUUGAAGUAUACCAGCCACCAGAUGCAGGCCAAAAUAUCAUGGAAAUAGACGGAAGAAUCCAACGAUAUGAAAACUCGUGCUGGCCUUUACCUUUCUUUUCAAAAUUUGAUAUCAGCAGUUUCAUUUCUAAGGUAGAGAACAUGCGUAAUGUAGUUCCUAUUGAUGAUCCUACAAAAUGCCAGCAUGCGUGGGAUUGGGAUAAAAUCACAUUUGAACAGUUUCGAGCAGACGAGCUUUAUACAGACGCUGCUAUCAAUGCCGUUGACACAUUGGUAAUGCUUGAGUUUGGUGUGACGUCACGAGAAAUAUCUCUGUUAUAUGUUCUGCAUUAUCUAAACUGCUGUGGAGGUUGGAGUUACCUUUUGUGUGAAAAGGAAGGCCGGGCAAGAGAUGUAAAGAUAAUGGGUGGUUCUCAAACACUGUGUGAAGUGUUGGCAAAUAAAAUAAAGAGACGAAAAAUAAGAUUGCGAGAACAGGUAGUUGAAAUAGAUCAAAGAGAUAAAGAACAGACACUUGUGACUACAAAGACAGGGGAGGAAUACACCGCAAAGAAAGUCGUCGUCGCAACGUCGGCGCGCGAAGCUGAUAAAAUAGAAUUUCUACCAACCCUUCCACCGAUGAAAAUCAGCCUAUUACAGCGGAUGCCAACCGGUACAAUGUACAAAGCUGUGGUGACGUAUGCAGAGCCAUUCUGGACGAAGAAGGGGUUCAGUGGUCAAAUUAUUAGGAUAAUAAACACUGAGCAAGCACACAAGAAGAAACCCAACGACUAUGUUCACGCCGUUUAUGACGCAACAACGUGGAACAAAAACCCGGCACUGGAAGUGUAUUAUACAGGACUCUUGAGGCCUGAAGUGUUGCCUGAAGAUCGCCAAGAAUCCAUACUAAAUUCUUUGAAGAAUUUAUACAAUUGUGUAGAGGCACUUGAACCCUUGGAUUUCAUCGAAGUUGAUUGGUCCGAUGAACCAUUUUGUUCAGGUUAUCCAACUUCAAUCCUAAUGCCAGGAGGUUUGACGUAUUACUACGAAGCGUUACUGGAUCCUUUACAUAGGAUUCAUUGGGCUGGAUCAGCAUUAGCCACUACCUGGAAAGGUCAUAUGGAAGGGUCGGUAGAAUCUGGAUGUAGAGCGGCUGUAGAGGUUCUCUCAAGUUUGCACGGAAAAGCAAAUGGAAAAACAACUGUUGCAAAUGGAGGUUCUUCCUAAGGAUGAUGUAUCUCCGGGCUACUGCUUCUCAGUUAAAGAUUAGUUUCCAUAAAAUAUCUACACGCUAUAGCCGACAACUUUUGGCGACGCUGAUUGGUCGGUUGAAUUGGAGAGCCUUCUCGAUUGCGUCGGAGAGAGCUACAAGAAGUGUGACGAUUGCAAUGAAAACACUGUAGAAACAGUGCAACUAUUGUAUAGAAACGAGACAUAACACUGGUCAGUUUCGAAUAUUCACUUCCUAAUACCAGUAUAUAAUUUGAUGGGAUUUUUAACGAGGUGUUUUUAAAUUUCUUAGGAAAUCAAACAUAGGACUGACUAUCAAUUACACAAAGGAAAUGGGAGAUGAAGUUAGUUAUUAAGACACCACAAUACUGCAGGCCCCACAUUUCUUGAUUGCUUGAUAGGUAUUUCUAAUAUACACAAAUAAACAGCAAUUUGUAAAGAAUCUCAUAAUAUUAAUCUCCGAAUGAAAUUCAAAACUAUGAUGGGUUAAUUUCGAUUUUAAAAAAUACAAGAAUUAUAGAUUAGAUUUAUAAUAAUAUUGUAACAAUUGCAUUUUAUCUUUUGGGAAUUUUGUAAUCUUCGUAUCUAGGCAAAUAUCAUGAAAGUAGAGCCCAAUGCUGGUGAACAUGGAUGUAUUAAAUAAUCGAAGUCGCCGCCUUGGUUUAAUUUCAUGUAUAGUGAACGUUGGCACGCGUUUUACUAUGCCUACAGAGAAGCCUAUGUGAUAGUUUGAAAAGAUCACAAAUUUCAACUACGAACAAAAUAUGCCUAUAUGCAUGUGUUCGCCUCACAAUUAAGGGCCGCUUUAUCAUGUUGGCUAUGGAUUAUGAUAACGUUCAGUAGACAAUUAUGAUAUAGACAGUUAAGAUAAAUAAAUCAAUUGUAACAAUAAACAGUGAGAAUGAAUUAGUAAUAAUAUUGGGAAAUGAUUGACGAAUAGGUCAAUGACAGAACAAAAAGAACAUUCACUCUUCGACUAAAAUUCGAUGUAGAACCAAGUUAAAGUUAUGUCACGAGGCUUCUGUGUGAUAUCCUGUGUAACUAAGUGAUAACUAAAGCAACGUAUAUUAUACAAUA